AUGAGAGCCGAAGCAGUGAGCUUCGUGUUUGAACAUGUGUUCCUACCCCCGAAGCUGCCCCAAGAACAUCACAAGGAAUCAGGCGCAGAUGAUCUCCUCAAAGAGAUGUUAGAAGCUGCUCGCGGUUUCAGAAACGCCUUUUCCAAACUCAGCAAUGAGCGCCGCGUCUGGAGGCAGCUAUCAUGCUCGCUGGUCAAGUGGAUCGAGGUCUACUCCAACGGCGCUCCAUGUCGCGACGUCAUCGCGGAUGCCCUUGAAAACAUGCUUCAGGACGGCAAAAACAAGGCCAAAGGCGCCAUCUUCGAGUGCUUCGAGGUGCUUGCGAAGACUGGUGCGGUCCUCGAUGCCAAAGACGCUCUAAUCCGGUAUUUUCCCGCACGAGCGGCCUUCUUGCCGCAAGAGAAACUCGCGAAUACCCCUUUUCUCAAAACUCUUGGAGAUACAAUCUAUAUGCUGUCUGUUGAGCCAAUGAAGAUGGCCAUGGAAACAACGAAGAAGGGAGACAACGUUGUGGUUGAAGAGCGUCAGUCUGCCCAUCCCAGAGCUGUCUCGGAAUGGCUGUUCAGCAUCUUGGGUGCCUGCGGAAAAGCUGCGUCAACUUUGCCCAUUUGCAAACGCAUUCACGACGAUGUUUGCUGGAAAGAUGCACACUUACCCUGGCGCCGCUCGGGCGUUUGGCUGUCUGCCAAAGUCGCCCUUCAGAUUGCCCUCCAGAACACAGACCUCGAGGGUGAGGGGCAUUGCCACUAUAAAAACUUCAUGCUGUUCCUCUUGUCUCGGAUAGCUGCUGUUAUUGCGGCCAUCGAUCCCAGACCCGAUGUUCUUCACAUCUUGCGUGUGAAAUUAGCAAGACGAAAUGCCAAGCUGGGAUCCUCCACGCUUGACUAUGUUCAAAAUGCCGUCAAGAUGACCUUGGAUAUCAUUGAUAGCAGCAUCCGCCGCCAAUGGGCAGAGACGACCGACAGAGACAAAAUUACCGUUCCACCUGUGCCUUUCCGAAAGGUGUCCGACCAACUGGUGUUGGAAAAUAGUCGCCGAAUCUUACACAACGCCUGGAAUCGCUCUCACAAAGGGUUCACCUACGCGUUCACGUCGUACACCCCUCCUUCAUGCGCUAGAGUGCGGUUGUCAAAAUAUUCACUACCGGAAACUACAAUCUUCAGUCAUGCAAAAGAUGUCCUCUUUGCUCUUGUUGACUUCGAGCUCUGGAUUGAGCAGCAUCUGAACCAUUGGGUAGUCGUCAACACGAGAACCCCGUCUGCAUGUUCCUCCCUGUCUAAACUGAUGCAGAAAUAUUAUGCUGUGGCCAAGCAGAGAUACCAAUCACACGUGGAACGAAUGUCGAUUAUGCUGCUUACAAUCUUCGAGUUGUGGGUGGCCUUGGACACCAUUGCAACUACUCUCUGUCCGCUCCUCUUAGAGUAUCCACCGGAGGUGCCGGUGACCCUUUUUGGACCACUCCUUCUUGGUAGUAGAACUGAGCUGGAAAGACUUUCUAAGAUCGAGCUUCAUAUUGAAUCAAGACAGUCACCGCACACCCAGAAAAAUGAUUCACUCUUCGCCGACCCGUCACCAAGCUGCUUCGCCGUUGAAUUCUACAAUCAGUCUUCUGAUCUGCAGACGUUGCGCAACAGAGUUGAAGAAGAUGCUCACCAAGCGCGGAGAGCCAAGUCCGCAGAGUGGGAAUUGAAGAAGAAGACAUUCGACAGUCUCAUGAGAGAAGUCAAAGGCAUGGAGUGUGGCGUCUUCAUCCCUAGGGGCGUGGACAAGCACGGAAACCCAUAUGUUGGCAGGCCUCGGCAUCACAAUAGAUGCUGGAAAUGUGCGAAGGAGCAGGAAGCCAAGGAUAUCCAGAUAUCGAAACACGAGUGGCCACUCCCUGACGACGAGACUAUGUGUAAAGCAGUGAUCUUCGAGCUUGAUCCCCCCGAGCCGAUUGUCUCCUGGCGCGAUACUACAUUUUUCCUACUUCAAGAUGUAUGCAGAACCAGCCAAGUGACCGGGUUGGCGUCUAAGCAAGGAUUGCUUCGGUACGCGCCACUUGAGAAGUACGCUCGGCGGAAAUACCGACGCAUCACCCUCGCAUCAUCCGUCAAACCCCUGAUCAAAUCACAUUAUCUCAAAGCGUCAUUGAAUGUUGACCCGGUUUUCGUCACCAACGGCCUCCACCCGAGAAUGAACGAUACCUCUCAGAUGGCUUUAUGGACAGCAGAGCAGAUUGCAAAACCGUCGCUACAAAAUUACUGCUACACCAAACUCACGGACUCUCCGGACGGGGUCUUCAAUGGCUAUGUCAACUUCACCACUCAUACGCAGAAUCAAGUGAUCUCACAAAAGUCAAAGUGUCCUUCAGAGAUGAGCUCUCACGAAUUUGUGCUUCUCGGAUCGCUACGAUCUGGAGAAAGACUCCAACUCCUCAACGUGCUUGGAGCAAUUACCUCCCCAGAAAUUGACUUCAACUCACCCACAACAGCUCUACUGUUCCGUUACGCUAUCUCUCAAGUCGGCGAAAAGCGCUCCACCUCGCCAUCGUAUCUACGUGAAUCUCAGGGCAUACUCGAGGAGGAGCAUUUCAGUCUUUCUCUUCUGGAUGCCCUGGACUGCGCAUUCGAGAGAAUCGAGGCAAAUUUCAAAGAAGCGGCGGCGGCGGCUAUAUUGCUGGAAGUGGCUCUCAAGGUUUUAUCGCUAUCGUCAUUCCCGGAGAUUGCGAAGCGUUGUAUCAACCUUAUCCUCUGGAUUCGUCAGUCCGGUCUAGGUUGGAUACGCCAGAUGACCAAGCUCUACACAGACCAGAAGAACGCUCAUGUUGACAGCUCUACCCUCAAAGAUCUGUCACGUCAGAUCUUGAAUGCUUGCAUUCUUUGCCGCCGCACGUACGCUGCGGACACCGAAUCCCAGCCAUCUAUGUUCUCUGACUAUGAUGCUGUGGCAGACUACGUGGAAGCUUCUGUCUACCUGCAUGUUCAUCGAAAGUCUCAUUCUGACGCAGAGGCUCUCAAAAUGGAAAAGCAGCUUUUAAAUGACGCGUACCUGGCCAGGCGAUAUGAGGAACAUCUCCAAGUCGCCCUCGAGCUCAACGACUCAGCAAUCUCAGAUGGCAUCAACAGAUUCUGGCCAACUGCGAUAUUCACCAACAAGUGGCAGACUGUACACAGUGAUGAUUCUUCCUGGAUUUCCAAUCAGAUUUCUUCUAAAGUCGUCCACUACAACCUUGUCACUGGUAGCCUUCUUGUUUCUGGUCGAGCGAUUUCUCAGCUUCCUGCUCAGCAUACGUCUACCCGUCUCUACCGGUCAAUCUUCGGGGAUGUGGAUCUGGACGUUUUCGCUGCUGAUGAAGAGGAUAUGGAGUAUAUGACCAAGGAUGUUUUUCAUGGCCACCGAGUUUAUUUCGGCCUGCGCGGUGAUGUUCUCUUAAUUCGUUCGGAGAGUAACGGCGAGACUUUCGAGGCCAUCCAACGCGAAAAUUUUCAAGGGGAUCUUCCGCGAGUUAUCGUGGAGAAUACCACUCCUUGGAUGUCCUUACGAGACGGCACAGUUGUUUUCCGGUCUAGAGCGCAACCUUUCCACUCAGAAGUGUCAGACUGGACUCUCAGCCCCGACCUUAAUUAUAGGUCAAAGACUUCCAUGCAUGCUGGUCAGAGGUAUCUAAUAGACGCCCAGAGUCAAGUUGGUGGGACUAUCUGCAAUGCUCUCCAACCAAUCGAACAGAAGUCACAUAUCCUCAUGACGGUUAACCAAAGCAAGAAGAUCGAGAUUGAGCUUCCUCGCUAUCAUCUGCAUUUUGACGUCGAUGAGGAAGGUCGAAUGGUUUGCAAAGAGCUUUCCGCCUUCAUUGACUUUGACCAGACAUUGGGAACUCUGCAUGGAUUCAAGUCUCGUCUGAUUUUGCGGAGCACGAGCAAGAUUGCCGGGUCAAAUCUGAGAACCGUUUUGAUUCCACACGGGGAUGUGAAGUUGAUCCCGGCAUCUCCUCAUGUUUCUGCUCGGGUUCUACUGGGAGACACCAGUUCUGUGACGUUUUCACAGUUUCGACUCGAUGUCAGACUUGGACAGCUGAUCAGCCAAGAUCUGGACUCCCAUCUGUACAAGGCAUACCUGCAUGCGGUCACAAGUUUUCCAGAGUCUGAUUCUCUGACUGGUAGGACUGGCACUGAAGAGAGCCUGUUCGCUCUGUCGGAUCGCAUCUGUCGGACAUGCCAACCAUUUUCUGAGCGUGCACAAACCAUACUGCGCUUGAUUGCUCGACUUACUCCUGAGAGGCGUUUCUACCCUCCCCAUCUCAAGACUAUGCAGAGCGUGACAUUUGACGGUGUCCUGCCAGUCAUGGCUCAACGUGAUAUUUUCUUUGGAACGGUCAAUGAGAUAGUCGCUCACAACAAGAAAGCAGACUGGCUGUUCGAUGCGAACGUGACUGCCAUACCAUAUAAAGGAGACUUCGCAUUGUUGGACAGAUCUCAUCAUCGAACAAACAAGCUUUACCCGUGCGAGUCCGUAGCGCCAGUCUCGCGUUCUAUCGACGACAGGGAUUAUUGUUCAAGGGACCAGGACUUGGGAAAUAACUUUUCUGCAUCAGCCACCAUGGUCAAUCUCAUCGAAUCCUCGCCGUCCGCAUUUGACGUCAACACAUCCUGGAGGAGCAAAAUAAGAAGAUGGAAACAAAUCAGUGGAUUCAACGAGGACUUCACCUUCAACUCUUUCUCAAGUCUCUUGAACCAGGACUUGAAAGACAUAUUUCCUCGCCUAAUGAGUUUCUGUAGAUCGUCGUCUACUCAACUGGAGACUCUCAUGUUUGUUCUAUCGCUCUUGGUAUUUGAAAAACCUGCUAUUGACGAAGAGUUGAGGACUUUUCUCGCCUUCGCUGUUUCACCAGCCCUCAGGAAUCUUCCAGCUCCCAAACACGAUUCGUAUGACUUGAGGGAUGGUCAUUCAUUCAAUCGCGAAGAGAUCUCGACGCUCAUCUCCCAGUGUGAAAACCCGUUUGUCCCUAGCGACUCCUGUGACGUUGCCGAAAGCGGAGAUUUUGGGAUCACGGAAGAGCAUCGACGCUUUGAUCAAGAGCUAAGAGACCAACGCGAGUUGAUCCUGGACGCUGCCCGCGAAUCCUGGCCAAAUGAUACUGUUCAAUUGCCGACGGAGCGGUCACUGAAUCAGUACAAGUUCUCAGAGCUGAAAGUGCUGUUGAAUGGGAGGUUUGCGGCGUGGUACAAAAACUAUCUUUUCUUGCAACUCUUCGAGGAAUACGAUCGGACCCUCACAGCUUUCAACGGCCCCUGGACUGGCCAAGAUGUUACUGACAUUGUUCUCGACUUUGACCUUGCUACUCGCUCUGCCCGUCCAAACAUACACUUUUCACUGCUCGACCUCAUGAUCAUGAAGCCAGUCACCGGGCAUGAAUUUAGUGAGAGCAAGCCCACGGGCUUAGACGGAGAUCUGUCGCAGUCUCUAUCUGGAACUGUAACUCCUACACUUUUGGAGUCUAAUCAAGCCCGAUCCAGCUGGGAAGAACUAGAAGAUAUCGUCGAAGACUUGUCCCGUGACUCGUCUGUGGCUGUUCGCGAGUAUGGGCAGUUCUUGGGAAACAGUAUCGAAGCUAUGAAGCUUCGAUCUGGUCAAGAACAACCGAAGAUGAAGGUGCCCUCGGGCAACGAACUAGCUCAAAAGCUCGAGGAAUGCAGAGGUCACAUUAGCUAUGUUCUUUCACGAACCAGCAUACUUCUUCGACCGUGCCAUCCCUCAGAACAGGGCUUGGUCACUGCAAAGGUUUGGCCGCAAGUGUCUGAAUUAACUUUGCUUCAACUUCUCUCAGCUGAACACCGAGAAAAGGUCCCGGCUCGUUGGAUGUCCGUUCUGCUCCAGUUCGCCAGAGAGAUUACAGCAGCACAGCGGGUGGAAAGACUACAAAAAUUCCUUGCUGCCGAGGACACGUUCGCUUUCAACAAUGAGCUUGCCAAUCCUGCACACUCCGCAUGGUCGCCAGAAGAGUGGCCUGACUGGCUCCUUCUCGAGUGUCAAAACAACUUUCUCAUUCGACCUGUCCAGAUCCGGGUUGCAACUGAAUUGCUCAAGCCGGAAAAUGGGACCGUGUUACUGGGCAUGGGCGAAGGAAAGACGAGUGUUAUUUUAAAUCUUGUGGUGACGGCACUUGCCCAAGGCUCACAUCUCGUUCGGGUUGUGGUGCUGAAGCCUCUCGCACAAGAAAUGCUCCGAAUCCUGUCGCGCUCUCUUGCAGGCUUGGUGGGAAGAACCCUUUACUAUCUACCCUUCUCGAGACAGACCACUUUGAACACCGAAACACCUCGGCGACUGAUGAGUCUUUAUCAAGAAUGCCGUGAAACGGGAGGGGUACUCCUCACUUUGCCGGAAUACUUGAACUCGUUUCGCCUCGUGGGCCUUGAUAAGCUGACACCAGACACUCAAUACCUUGCUACUGAACUCAUCCGCGUUCAGAAAUGGCUCGAUUGUAAUGCCAGAGAUGUCCUCGACGAGUCUGACGAGCUUUUAAAACCUGCGUAUGAGCUUGUUUACACGAAUGGAGAAGCAAAUCUCCUUUCAGGAGCGCCAGACAGAUGGAAUGUCUCAUUGGAAGUCUUGGACCUGAUUCAGAAAAAUGCUGGUGCACUUUGCAAGCAAUGCCCGAACGAAAUUGAAAUGGAAGCCCGGGGUCCGGGGUCAUUCCCGCAUAUCAGAGUGUUGAAUGAAGCCGGUGCAGUGGCAGUGGCGAAGGUGGUCACUCAGUCCAUCGUCGAUGGACAGCUUCCAAGCCUCUCUCUUGGUCACUGCAAUCCAAAGGUGCUCCAAGCCGUCAGCUCGUUCAUACUAAACCUCGACGUCGACAGUGUGGAAUCUGAAUUGAUAACCCAGCACUUUGAGAAUUCGACUAGGCUUCAUCUCCUCUAUGUGGCUAGAGGGCUGGUAUCCCACCAAAUCCUGAGCCACACUCUCCGCAAACGCUGGCAGGUAAAUUACGGACUUGAUCGAUCUCGGACUUUGAGCGCAGUUCCGUAUCGUGCCAAAUCAGUUCCAUCUCCCAGCGCUGAAUUUGCACAACCGGAAGCGGCAAUCAUUCUGACCGCGCUCUCAUUCUAUUAUACAGGCAUUCUUCGGCCGGAUUUGAGAAGAUGUCUCCUUAUUCUACUCAGACUGCCAGAUCCUGCUGAAGCAUACUGCAAAUGGGUGAAGCACUCUACACUCCCUGACAAAUAUCGCAAAGUCAACUCUAUCAACCUAGAUGAUGGGUCUUGUGUUGACGCUCUGUAUGACCAUCUCCGUUACAACAGCGAGCUGAUCAAUUUCUUCCUGCGACAUGUUGUGUACCCAUCAGAGGCCAAAGAGUUCCGGUACAAAUUGUCGACUUCAGCUUGGGAUUUAUGCAGAAAUUCUGGAGUUCUUACAGUGGGCUUCAGUGGCACUUGCGACAGCAAAAUACCUAUUGUACAGAAGGACCUUUCGGACUUGAGACAUAUCACGGCUUCAACUCUGAGCACACUGUUACGAUUAGAGAAUCGAAAGUACUUCUGUGCAACAUCACCGUCUGGUCAACGUCUUCCAACGGAGAAGCUACUGCAGCGUAUCACGGCAGAUGGUCCACUCGAUGUCAUCAUCGAUGUCGGAGCUCAAAUGCUGGAGGGUAACCUAGAGAUUGCCCAGUUGUGGUUGCACCUCUGCCCGGAGAAGAUGGCAACGAUUUUCUUUUCAGAAAACGAUGAGAAAAUGGUCCUGAAUCGUGAUGGCUCAACUGAGUCACUUGCAUCAUCGAUCUUCAAGGACGAGCUGAAAAGUUGCUUGAUCUUCCUGGACGAAUUCCAUACUAGAGGGACCGACUUUCAGCUCCCGGACAACUUUACUGCGGCAGUGCUUUUGGGACCUGGAAUUCUGAAAGAUAAUCUGGCACAAGCCUGUAUGCGUAUGAGGAAGUUGGCUGUCUCUCAACGCGUCAGAUUCUAUGCUCCACCUGAGGUUGAUCAAGCAAUUCGAAGCAUCGCGAAAGACCAAUCAGGAGACCUUGAAAGCUUCCAUGUUGUACGCUGGGCGAUUCACCAAUCUUGUCUCACUCUGAAAAAGCAAGAUCCUCUUCACAUAAGUCGAGGUCUACUGCACUCACGUCGACGACUCGCUGCAGGCCGUCACUUUUCUUCGAAUGGUAACGUUGUGAAUCCGCAGCAAUAUCUGGACACAGUUCGAGAGCGAGAAUGCCGUCCUGUUGAUGAGCUUUACAGCGCCGGCGGAACUCACCGAGCGGAACUGCCGUUCGAACCAACCUUGGCAGAAUCUCAAGACCCUGUGGUUCGAGAUUUGUGUAUAGAGUUUGAAAGAGCUCGUGCCAUCGAGUUUGAUGACAGAGACAUCACGCAAGAACAGGAGCGAGAAGUCUUGCACGAAGUCGAAGAGGAGAGGGAAAUACAGCGCCCUCGAGAAGUUCACCCCGCCAUCCCACAACACUGUCAAAGUCUACUGGAUGUCAUCCGAAACGGAACGUCUCCCCAGAACAUCCCCGAGCUUCGUCCAUGCUUCGAAAUUCUCAGCCAGACUCGCCUCGGGCUUUAUUAUAAGCGAGGGGAAUUUCCCAUGCAUGUGUUGGUGACUCGAGACUUCAUGCGAACCAUUAAAUCUCAGGAUGGUUCCCCCGAAGAUGAUUUCUUGAGACCAGUGCAAUGGGUAGUGAAGACGCCUGGAAUCAUGAAGCCAAUCAUCAUCAGCCCGCACGAAGCCAACACUUUUUUCCAUGCGAUUCGAGAGUCGAAAGACAAGCCAGUUGAGUCGGAAGGGACUACCCUGCAUCUGUAUCAAGCCCGAACGUCACGAGGGAUGGUUUCCUUUGAUGCAUUAGAUAUAUGCAAGUUUCCAGAAAAGAACGCCCCCGAGAAGAUAGAACCACAGGCCAUUGCUCUACUCGGUCUCUUUGCAGGCCAACUGUACUUCUCUUCAUUCGAGCAUUACAAGGAGUUUUGCGCACUCGUCGGUCUCUUUGACGGAGAACGACUACUGGUCCGCAAGCGGCAGGUGGCAACCGACAAUUUUGUUUCACCUGCUUGCAGAAAAGCGAACGGCUGGACGGAGUGCACCUUCAACACAAGCCCAGUCCCUUGGAUCAAAGGAUUCAUCGAUAUGCGGCGAGCUGGCAUUGAGUGGACCCAUACGCAUUUGGGCAGAGUCAUGAAUGGACAGAUCUUGCGGAAAGAAGAUUUUGACGAGGACCUUGAAGGGGAAAGCCUAGCACAGGAUAUGGGCGAGCUGAACCUUAGCGAGCAGGAAGAUACCGACGGGGUGGACGCUGAGGAGUCGGAUUGA